AUGUCAACUGGAAGGGUACGAACGAAAAAAAAGGCAUGUUCUUCAGACCAGUCUCCAGACAACCUUCCUCUGAGGAGUUCUGGAAGACAGGUAAAGAAGAAAGCGGCUGAAGCAGCAGAUGAUGAUGAUGAAGCAUCAGAGAAGAAAUACAGGAAGUGUGAAAAAGCUGGAUGCACUGCAACAUGUCCUGUUUGCUUUGCCAGUGCAGCUGAAAGAUGUGCUAAAAAUGGGUAUACGUCUAGAUGGUAUCAUCUUUCCUGUGGGGAACACUUCUGCAACGAAUGUUUUGACCACUAUUACCGAAGCCAUAAAGAUGGUUAUGAGAAAUAUACUGCCUGGAAAAGGAUUUGGACAAGUAAUGGUAAAAGUGAGCCCAGUCCAAAAGCAUUCAUGGCUGAUCAACAGCUUCCUUACUGGGUGCAGUGCACAAAGCCAGACUGUGGUAAAUGGCGUCAGCUGACAAAGGAAAUCCAGCUGACACCACAAAUAGCAAAAACCUACAGAUGUGGUAUGAAACUGAACAAUUCCACCAAGACUGAGGGCUCAGACCAGUGUUCCAUGCCUGAGGACUUGAGAGUGGCUGAAGUUUCAGACCAUUGGUGGUACUCCAUGCUCAUACUCCCUCCUUUGCUGAAAGACAGUGUGGCAGCUCCCUUUCUAGCUGCAUAUUAUCCAGACUGCGUGGGCAUGAGUCCAUCCUGUACCAGCACUAAUCGGUUACCUGGUGAAUCCAACCUUGUGAAGUUAGAGCACUUAAAGAGCGUGCCUAAUUUGACUGUUGCAGGCAUGAACAAGUAUUUCCAGCCUUUUUACCAGCCCAAUGAAUGUGGGAAAGCACUUUGUGUGAGGCCAGAUGUCAUGGAACUGGAUGAGCUCUAUGAGUUCCCAGAAUAUUCACGAGACCCUACCAUGUACUUGGCUUUGAGAAACCUGAUUUUGGCCCUGUGGUACACAAACUGCAAGGAGGCUCUUACCCCUCAAAAAUGUAUCCAUCACAUCAUUGUUCGGGGACUUGUGCGUAUUCGGUGUGUACGGGAAAUGGAGAGGAUACUUUAUUUUAUGACAAGGAAAGGGCUAAUUAAUACAGGGAUUUUAUCAGUCAGUCCUGACCAGUAUCUUCUUCCUAAAGAAUACCACAAUAAAUCUGUCAUUAUUGUUGGGGCUGGUGCAGCAGGAUUAGCAGCAGCCCGACAACUGCACAACUUUGGAAUUAAGGUCAUUGUCUUAGAAGCUAAAGACAGAAUUGGUGGCCGAGUGUGGGAUGAUAAGACAUUCAAAGGAGUCACUGUUGGAAGAGGUGCACAAAUCGUCAAUGGAUGUGUCAACAACCCAAUGGCACUAAUGUGUGAGCAACUUGGCAUUAAAAUGCACAAACUAGGGGAGAAAUGUGACUUGAUCCAGGAAGGUGGAAGGAUAACAGAUCCCACUAUUGAUAAACGUAUGGACUUUCAUUUCAAUGCCAUCCUAGAUGUCGUCUCGGAGUGGAGAAAAGAUAAAACCCAACAUCAAGAUGUUCCUCUUGGUGAAAAAAUACAAGAGAUCUAUAAAGCCUUUAUUCAGGAGUCUGGUAUCCAGUUCAGUGAGCUGGAAGAAAAAGUACUACAGUUCCAUCUCAGUAAUUUGGAGUAUGCCUGUGGCAGCAAUCUCUCUCAGGUAUCUGCACGCUCAUGGGACCACAAUGAAUUUUUUGCCCAGUUUGCUGGAGAUCACACUCUUCUAACUGUGGGAUAUUCUACUGUGAUCGAUAAAUUGGCAGAAGGGCUGGACAUCCGGCUGAAUUUCCCAGUACAGAGUAUUGACUAUUCUGGUGAAGAAGUGCAGAUCACUACUGCAGAUGGAACAGUGUGGACAACACAAAAGGUAUUAGUGACUGUACCACUGGCCCUUCUUCAGAAAAAUGCCAUUCAGUUUAAUCCUCCACUGUCAGAAAAAAAAAUUAAAGCCAUUAAUAGUUUGGGAGCAGGAGUCAUUGAGAAAAUUGCCUUGCAGUUUCCUUACAGAUUUUGGGACAGUAAAAUUCAAGGAGCUGAUUUUUUUGGUCAUGUUCCACCCAAUUCCAGCCAACGUGGGCUCUUUAGUGUUUUCUAUGACAUGGAUCCAGAGGGAAAACAAAGCAUUUUAAUGUCAGUGGUCACUGGAGAUGCUGUAACAACCAUUAAGAAUUUAGAUGAUAAACAAGUACUGCAGCAGUGUAUGACUGUACUUCGAGAGCUGUUUAAGGAGCAGGAGGUUCCUGACCCAGUGAAGUUUUUUGUUACUCAAUGGAGCAAAGACCCUUGGCUCCAGAUGGCGUAUAGUUUUGUAAAAACAGGGGGCAGUGGUGAAGCUUAUGACAUUAUAGCUGAAGACAUACAAGGAAAAAUUUUUUUCGCUGGUGAGGCCACAAAUAGGCACUUUCCUCAGACCGUUACAGGAGCUUACUUGAGUGGGGUUCGAGAAGCAAGCAAAAUAGCAGCAUAUUAA